AUGAAGCCUUUUCCUGCUGCUUUCUCCUUCCUCUUUCUUGCAGCUGCUCUUGGAUUCCAGGCCCAGAUCAUACAUGCAACAGAGACUAAAGAAGUCCUGAAGGCAAAGGAAGGACUUGAACCUGACGAGCUUCCCCUGGGCUUUGCAGAGUCUUCAGACUGCUGCUUCUUCUAUACCUCAUGGAUCAAGUGUUCAAGAUUUGUAUAUUAUUUUCCAACCAGUGGUAGUUGUCUCAAGCCAGGCAUCAUCUUUGUCACCAAGAAGAGGAACCAGGUCUGUGCCAACCCCAGUGAUCAGAGAGUUCAGGAGUGCAUAAAACGCCUGAAGCAAAACCCAAGACCUGGGAGCCAAGUCAUCGUGUGA